AUGACUAAUGGACAACCAAACCAUCUUAAUCAAGCUUCUAGCUCUCGUUCAUCUACUAGAGCUGAAAAACGAAAAGGGUAUAACAAAAGAUAUUAUGAUGCACGCAAAGAAAAUAACAAAGUCCCAAAAUUUGGGAGUAGUGAGGUCUCCCAAAGUGCUUCAUCACUAUCUUUAAUGAGUAAUAGAUCAGCAGAAAGGACACCGUUAAGAAGUUUACAGAGUAAUAUUACUCAAUUUACCCAAAUGACAAACAUGAACGCGUCAAGUAUUUCUACCGUGAAACGUAAGGAGUACAAUGGAAUGCAUAUUUCAAACGGUAGUCAAAUUACAUCAACCCCGACUAAUGAUGUUACGCCAACAACCACAUUCCCCAAUGUAAUUGAUGAAGUCAUUACCAGAACAUCACGAGGUGUUCGAAUUCAACCACGUACACUUUUACCUCAACUUUCUGAAGUAGUUGAUCAACCUUCCUUCCAAAAUGAGAAUGUAGAAGAUGAUCCAUAUAACUUUGUUUACGAUCGUUUACCUAGAGAACAUCGUGUUUUAAAAGAACGUAGUGCAUGUCCUGAUUGUGGAGCAAAACGUUUUCAAUUUGAAUUUGAUACCUUUUGUUGUAUGAGUGGGAAAACUGUGUUAGCAAAUUCAGAAAUUCCAGAGGAAUUGCACCGACUUUUCACAUCGCAAGAUGAAAUUGGAAAUAUUUUUAGGCAAAACAUUCGUGCUUAUAACACCAAUUUUUCUUUUGCCUCAAUGGGAGUGACGUUGGAUGAUACAUUGAACAAUAUGAGAGACGGUGUAUAUACUUUUCGUGCACAUAGAGGAAUAUAUCACAAAAUCGACCAAUUAGUUCCGAGGGAUGGAACCCCUAGGUACCUGCAGUUGUAUUUUUAUGAUCCUGAUGCCGAGUUAGAUCUCAGACUCCAAUGGCCAAAUCUUGAUCGUCGUAUUACUCAAAUUUUGACACGCGUUUUUUCUACAAACCCAUAUGUCGAUACAUUUAGAAGACUUGCAGAAUUAGGACCUCUGGACAACUAUAGAGUCACUUUGAAUGCUUCGGUUGAACUUGACCAAAGGGUGUACAACCGACCAACGACAUCGGAGGUUGCUGGUAUUUGGGUUGAAGGUAAUGACAAUAUCACUUCGUAUAAACGAAGUAUUGUUGUGUAUGGUAGGUCUGAAUAUAGCCAAACUAUUCAGCCGUACUUCAGUUGUUACGAUCCAUUGUCGUAUCCUCUAUUUUUUCCUAAUGGUGAGUCGGGUUGGCAUGCAAACAUACCACGUCACGGAGUAUCAAUAAAUGAGGUUCGCAACAAUGACAACAUCGAAGGAGAAAUGGAAGAGUCUAACACACGAAGUGGUAGAACAACCGUGGCUAUGCGAGAGUACUACUGUUACAAGUUCCAGAUUCGAUCUACCGAAAACGUGCUUUUGUUCGGUGGUAGACUGCUACAACAAUUUGUGGUAGAUGUUUACAUAAAAAUGGAGACAUCACGCUUACAAUUUUGUGAGAGAAACCAGGCUAAGAUACGUGCCGAUUUGUACCAAGGUCUUGUGGAUUGCGUCAAUGCUGGUGAGGUUCAUGCAAACAGAGUCGGGAAAAGAAUUGUGUUGCCUGCAUCUUUCAUCGGAGGUCCUCGCGACAUGCGACGUCGGUUUCUAGAUGCGAUGACUUUAGUUCAAGACGACGGCAAGCCUGAUAUAUUCCUUACAAUGACGUGUAAUCCUAAGUGGCCUGAGAUAUGUGAUAAUUUACAUGUUGGUCAAACUGCACAAGAUCGUCCAGACCUUGUUUCAAGAGUGUUCCGGGGUAAAUUAGAAGAUCUUAAGGAACAACUCUUCAAGAAACAUAUCCUUGGGGAAGUUAAGUCAUACGUUUAUGUCAUUGAAUUUCAAAAGCGUGGUUUGCCGCACGCACAUUUUCUCCUUAUCAUGUACCCGCAACACAAGAUCAAUAACGCCGACCAUUAUGAUAAGGUUGUGUGUGCUGAAAUUCCUAACAAACAAAGACAUCCCAAAUUGCAUGAGAUGGUUGUCAAGCACAUGAUUCACGGUCCUUGCGGCAAUUUACGAUUAAGCAGUCCUUGUAUGCAGGGUGAUCCUAAAAUUUGUCGUUUUCAUUAUCCUAGACAAUUUAAUGAACAGACAACACAAGGAGAAGAUGCGUAUCCGUUGUAUCGAAGGAGAGACACCGGGAUUGAAGUGGAUGUACGAGGAAAAACACUUGAUAAUAGAUGGGUGGUCCCAUAUAACCCAAGGCUUUUGAUGAUGUUUAACUGCCACAUCAAUGUUGAAGUUUGCUCAAGUAUAAAAUCUGUGAAAUAUCUUUUUAAAUAUGUUUAUAAAGGACAUGACAAACAGGUUAUUCAAGUUGAUCAAAGUGAGCCAGGGGUUGUUGUUAAUGAGAUAAAGAGCUUUCAAGAUGCACGCUACAUAUCGCCCCUAGAGGCUAUGUGGCGCAUUUUUUCCUUCUCUCUUUCUCAAAUCUCUCCUUCUGUUUUAGCCUUACAGCUUCAUCUCCCAAAUAAUCAGAUGGUUAGAUUUAGAGAUGAUGACUUAAUGUCUAAUAUUGUUGAUAGGGAAAGAGAUAAGAGAACCAUGCUAACAGCAUUUUUUGAGAGAAAUAGAAUCGAUGAAACAGCAAGGGUAUAUUUGUAUAAAGAUUUUCCAAAACACUUUACGUGGAAUGGAAGCACACGCCGUUGGAAUCCUCGUGGCGGUAAAAAACAAAGAGGUCGUAUCGUUUCCGCUAAUCCAGCCGAAGGAGAAAGGUACUACUUACGCCUACUUUUGUCAAAUGUCAGAGGGCCUACUUCUUUUGAACAUCUUUGCACAGUUAAUGGUCAACGGUGUGAGACAUUUCGAAAAGCAGCUCUUGAGUUAGGCUUAAUAGAAGACGAUGAAUAUCUAUCACAAUGUCUCGAAGAAGCCUCUACGUUUCAGUUUCCCAAUGCUCUUCGAAGUGUCUUCCUACAAUCCAUGGGUAAAAAUAUCAAUGAAUUCGACCUUCCUAAGAUAACAGACGAUGUUAACUUACAAGAUGCAGGUUGUCGUGAGUUACAAGAAGAGUAUGGAAUUGUUUUGGAACCUGAACACUUGAGUGCCAAAGAUUCACUUAAUCCGGACCAAAAAAACGUGUUUGAUGAGAUCAUGAUGCAUGUUGAUAAUGAUCUUCCAGGCGUGUUCUUUAUUGAUGGCCCAGGUGGAACUGGAAAAACAUUUUUGUACAUUGCCUUGCUUGCUGAAAUUCGGUCACGUGGUCUUAUUGCUCUCGCAACAGCUUCAUCAGGUGCAGCGGCUAAUAAUAUGCCAGGAGGUAGAACGGCUCACUCAAGAUUCCAGAUUCCUCUUAAUCUUGAAAAUAAUUCAAUGUGCAAUAUCAAAAAACAGAGUGGGGCCGCUAAACUGAUUCGGUCUGCCAAAGUAAUCAUAUGGGAUGAAGCGUCGAUGGCUAAACGACAGGCGAUAGAGGCAGUCGAUCGUACAUUACAAGACAUUAUAGGCGUUAGUCUCCCAUUUGGUGGGAAGAUAAUGGUUAUGGGAGGUGACUUCAGACAGGUGUUGCCGGUUAUUAAACGUGGCACUCGAGCACAAAUUGUAGACUCCAGUGUACGAAUGUCACCUCUUUGGUCUUUGACUAAGAAGAUGCGGUUGACCAUAAAUAUGAGAGCGCUGAAAGAUCCAUGGUUUUCUAAAUUUCUUUUAAGAGUCGGCGAUGGAACUGAAGAACCAAUCGAAGGAAACUAUAUUCGCAUACCUGAUGACAUGACAAUUCAGUGCAACGACAGAGAAAACGCUAUAAAAGAAUUGAUCCAUGCCAUCUUUCCAUCAAUUGAAGAUAAUGUAUAUUCUUCAGAUUAUAUAAUCUCUAGAGCAAUAUUGUCCACUAAAAAUGAGAGUGUUGACGAGAUUAAUAAUCAAAUGAUUGAAAUUUUUCAAGGGGAGGAAAAAGUUUACUACAGUUUUGAUGAAGCUGAAGACGAUCAGCGUAACUUCUAUCCGGUCGAGUUCUUAAACUCGCUAAAUAUUAGUGGUUUGGCGCCUCAUAAGCUUCGUUUAAAAAUUGGAUGCCCAAUAAUAUUGUUACGUAAUAUCGAUCCAUCACAUGGCCUGUGUAAUGGCAUGCGGUUGAUAUGUAAGGGUUUCAUGCGAAAUGUUAUUGAUGCGGAAAUUGCAGUUGGUCAACAUGCCGGAAAAAGAGUUUUUUUUGCCAAGAAUCCCUCUAACCCUUUCUGA